AUGAAGUUACGUCCUAGAGGCUGGCAGGCUCUUCGAUGUGCUCCAAAACCACGCUUCUAUUCUGGAACUCAACCGCCACCAUGGCGACCUGCCUCGGCCGUGGAUGAAUGGGUGGAACGUCCUAUCCGCCCAAUCAGUCUCCGCCAGUUGACCUUCUUCGGUCGUACAUUGACAGAGCCUCGACUUAUUAGCUCGGCGAACUAUGUGCGGACUGAGUUGCCCACCCGUCUGGCGCACCGACUACGAGAUAUUCAGCAGCUGCCCUAUGUGGUAGUCUCCAACCCCCACCUAUCCCUCGUUUACGAGUUAUACUACCAGGCCUUUGAACGAUUUCGAGUAAUUCCUGAGAUCUGCACCUUGGAUGACAAUGAUCGGUUUUGUGAGGUACUCAAGGAGAUGUUAAAGGAGCAUCUGGUGGUCAUUCCUAACUUGGCCACCGGAGUUCUGGAGUGUCGCGAGCUAUUCCCGCCUGAUGAGAUGGAUCGAUUUAUGAACACCCUUCUGCGAGCGAGGAUCUCUCGUCGCGUUAUUGCAGAGCAACACCUUGCUUUGACUGACACCUUUAACUGCCCAUGGCAUUACCCCGACUCGACCGACCGGACCGAUACGAACGCAGACUUUGUAGGCGAAGUAUUUCUUAAAUGCAAUGCGAAAGAAGUAAUUGAGCGUUGCGGAAAAGUUUCACAAGACCUGAUGCGACAAACCACUCAAUCCACUCAGAUCCCGACCAUCAACAUCCAGGGUCACUUAAACGCUACCUUCCCAUACAUCCUGAGCCACCUGGAGUACAUUGUUGGUGAGCUGCUGCGCAACUCAGUGCAGGCUGUGAUUGAGAAGUACCAUGAUUCUACACAGCCGCCGCCACCAAUCCAGGUACUUAUUUGCGAAACUCCGCAACACGUCAUUAUGCGCUUCUCCGAUCAGGGCGGUGGUAUUCCACGUGACAUAUUACCCUAUUUGUGGUCUUUCAGCAAGGGACCCCGGACACAGACGCGGCUAGAAAACCUGGGGCGGGUCCCCGCGAUGGCUGCUACAAUGCAGGAGCUAAAAGUCAGUGGGCGAAGGCCAGAACCGACACCGGGAGGCUAUCAUGAGGGUUCUCUGGAUAGCUUGACCUCGCGACCACCAAACCUACGAUUAGGUAUGGGCCUGCCCAUGAGUCGGGUAUACGCUGAAUAUUGGGCGGGUAGUUUGGAAUUGCAUAGUCUGGAAGGCUACGGUGUGGAUGCUUUCCUGCAGAUCUCGAAGCUAGGGAACAAAAACGAGCAAGUGACAACACGCGCGGCCAUAGAUGCUGUGUGA